AUGUUACAAAACCUACCAGAGAGGGAUGCGGCCGGCAUCUUUCGCCACAUUCGAGCCGGCGCAAAUGCGGAGGCCGUGGUAAAGCAUAUUCAAGAAGGGAACAUGGUCGCUGAGGCUUCUCAUGUUCCGCAAGCGUCGUCGCGCUUUCACUUUCCGUUCCUGGAUGAGAUACCACCAAGCCUUCGGGACAGCAUUUACUUUCGAUCACGGGUCUACAAAGCGAUCGAAGCAUCUGAAAAGGACACGAAUACUUCCAAGACUCAUCUUGCUCAGCAAGAGAGCAACUACUGGAAGUCAUUUUCCUCAGCCAAGUUGUUUGACCCUCUACUCGAGGAUGCACAACCGUCGCAAUGGACUAGUGUUAGCUCCAAUGACCGACUGCUUCGCAACAUCCUUGAGAGUUACUUUGUCAACCAAUAUCCAAGACAGUUCUUCUUCGUCAAGAAUUAUUUUCUAGAAGACAUGGUGUCGAGAAGAGCUGAGUUCUGCUCUCCUCUACUUGUCAACGCACUUUUGGCUAAAUCCUGUGCUAGCUCUGGACUAUUUGUCAACCAGACCAAGUUCUGGAAUCCAGAUAGCCUGCCGUACCGUUUCUUAGCUGAAGCAAAACGAUUAUGGGAAUUGGAAGAUGGGGAGCCAAAGCUUACCACGGUUCAGGCUGGCUGCCUCAUCAAUGCUACAAUGAAUGACUUUGGUCACGACAGGGUCGGGUUCUCUUAUGUGUUUAAAGCGCUUAAUAUGGCACAGCGCAUGAGUCUCUUUACGCCUCGAUCAGAUGACAAUAAAUUUGAGCACGCUAAAUCGUUCACUGCUUGGGCGCUUUCCGCAUGGCUAUCAUUGCAAAGCUACUACUACUUCAAGCCACCGUGUCUUUUGGAUAUCCCCGCAGAUCCGCUCCCUGACGUCGACGGCAAUCCAGAGUGGUACACUCAGAUACUACUGCGUUAUCCACCAGACGAGCACAGCUAUCCGACCGAAUUCGGCCACGGUAUGAAAGCGCUGUGCGAGUUGCGAGUUAUCCAAAAUGAGAUCGGAGUGAUGUGCUUUAGUCGCUCCAAGGGGUCUAGGACGAUGCCAUGGGGUGCAGCUCUGCAUAUACAGGCAAAAUUGGAAGCCUGGUAUGGGGGUUUGCCGGUUCUGCUCCAGCCUUACUGGAUCGUGUACCCUGCCCAGCUGAUACUACAUUGCGAGUACUAUGCGGUUCUGAUAACCCUUUUCCGUACGCAAAUUUCCUCUGGAGACGCUGGAGUCCAGAUGUUGACGCAGGACCAACGUAAUGCGGCACAGCACAUGGUCACACAGGCAAGCGUUCAACUCGAAAGUAUCUUGCGCAUAUACUACCUCCGCCAUAGCUUCGAGGGCUACGACUCUACGCUCACGAUCUUCUUGGUUCACCUCGCAAACCUAACCCUGGAACCUCUUGGACGGCUCGAACAAGAUCCAGGCAACGCUUCCCAGGAGAUGAGCGAAUCUCUUCUCUCGACACUCGUCUUUUGCUUCAAUGGCUUGUACGAGCAAUCCAAGAGCGCUUUCAUCGCCGGUGUCAUGCUCGUGGUUAUGAAGAGACGAUUGAGCGCCGACGUUCGCAAUGCCGUCGGUCGUUAUGUUACGAUUGAGGAGACGGACAAUGAUGCCGACCCAAUGGACGAAGCGAACCUAGAGUUCUCACACCCAAUUCUUUCAGAGCUCAUACUUCCUGGCACUAGCCUCAGCGAUGAUCCAAAGUCGUGGAGAUUGAAGAAUUUGAUGGAUGACCCUAGGAGGUAUCCGGGGUAG